AUGAACCCACCUCCCGGAGGCUUCCAUCAGGAGUUUGCGGAGGCGAUCCCCGCCCGACGCUGGGACCUUUUCGAGCUGCGCGUCCGCGACAGCGCCGGCAAGGGAACUCUACUGCAGGUUUCUCCUACAGACACUGUUCGGGAGCUGAAGCAACGCUUGGAAGCUGGCUUGGGACACAAGAUGAAAGACCAGCGUCUCCUUUGCCAAGGCGGCUUGAUGGUGGACGAGCGCUCCCUUGGCUCCUAUGAGCUGGACCACAGCUCCGUUGUGACGCUGGUGCCUCACCUACGCUUCAGACAUGGAAGCGGCCACAAUGGCGGCGUGGGGUGGAACAAGAGCCGCGGGCCAGGGAAGGUGAUGCCUUACGACGCCCCACGUGGAUUUCACAUGGCCUGA